UCUGUAAUUUUAAUGUUUACUUUAUAAACUAUAUGUUGACAAUGAUUGACACUAUAUCUUUUUAUUUAUCUUAUCUAAUAUUAGAUUAAAUAACCAAAAUCUGAAUACCAUGUGUUAAUAAUUAAUGUUGACAUAUAAUAUAAAAUUAUCUACAAACAACAAUUGUAUCUGUUAAUUCCUUGCAAAACAAUAUCUUACAUCAAAUUAAUUUGUUAAAUGGAUUGUCGUUAUAGCUUGAUAAAUUGUGUAAAAAAGAUUAACGUAUAAAUAAAUUAUUGUCCUGAGUUUUAUAUAGAAUUAUGUAAAAUUCGAAAGAGAAGUUAUGUAUUUUUCAGGUCAUAUAGAAAAAAUGUAUUCAUCUAGAGACCGAAUCUGAAAGCAUAUACGAUUUACUUUACGAACACUAACGGGGGCUUUAAGUUAGGCCGUUUCGUGACAUUAUUUCAGUUGCCUUCUGUUUACAACCAGACAAGUACGUAUCGUUCCAAACAGUCAUAUAAUUCUUAUCCCGAAAUAUUUAUCUUAGGAUCUAUUUUGUGAUCAUAAUGUGGAAGACCGAAAACAGGAAGAAUGUUAUAAGAUAUCUUAUAUUAAAGCCGAAGCUCGAUAUAGCAGCGACACGUGUUAUAAAUGAAAAAUUAGAUAUAGAUAGCACAGCAACAAACUACGGACUUUACAGUAAUAUUCUUAAACAAAAAGUCAACAUCUUAAAAAGAUUGAAUGAUUAUUUCGAAGAAACUCUUUUAUAUGAAAAUGCAGUAAGAAGUGUUAUGUAUAAUUACAAAACUCUGCCAGAAGCAGCAACAUAUUACAAACUUAGCACCAAAAUUAUUACAAAAGAAAUUAAUCAAUAUAAUAAAUUAUGGAUGGCUGGUAAAACGAAAGGUCCGUACGAAUAUGACAAACCCUUAGAUGACCAAGGCAGAGUUUUCACAUUUAAGGAAGAGCUAUCGUUAUUGGAUGACUUAUGUGAAUGGAAAUGGAAGUCUGCAUCACCGUGCACUUGCCUCAUUUGCGCGAUGGUAGAACUACUCAGUCUAGCUUAUCAGACUGCUCAAAAGAAAAAUAAAUUAUAUCCUGGAACGUGGGAUAUAUGUCAGCAAGCGGAUGGAAAUUGGCUGAUAGCUUUCGAGAUGGCGCACAGCUGUAGAUUUUCAAAAUUAUAUCCUCAUUACAACAAUAACGUACAAGAAUUAGACGAAGCAUGUAAGAAUAAACAACAACCCUCAUCAUUAUGUGAUGAGAGCAAUACUUUUAAGAUACCAAGUAGUACCCAAGUAGUACCCUUUCGUAAAAGAAAGUUUAAUAAUUCGCUCAAUAUUGAUGAAGCGACUACGCAAACAUCUCAGAUAACAAUAUCCACUGUUGUUCCAAAUCACCAGAACACCAGUGAAUUAAAGAAUUUAUUAUUGUCAGAUAUCUCGAUAAAGUCGGAGAAUAAAGAAGAAACAGCAUCUGCCAGUUUUCUAAAUGAUCAAUUUGAGAACACGCCGGCGCCGCUUGAUUUAAUAAAUAAAUUAAUAAAUAAAGUCGAGGUAGCAAGUAAUUACAACAUUUCGGAAAAAGAAAAUUUCGAUCCAUCGCAAGCUUACAACUCUAAUGUAACAUUUUAAAAGAUAACAUGCAAUCUCCAUGGAAAUGAUUAGCGAUGAAUGAACGGUUUCAUAAAAUUACAGAAAUUACAACUAUUUUUGCAUAAAAACAAAUCCUUAAAGAAAAGAUAACGUUCCGAUUCCAUGAUAAGCCAAUAAACCUAUUUAACGCUUUAAAAAAAAACACACAAUAGAAGAGGGGAGAAGGAAAUAUAUACCAAUAUGACAGAUCAUUAGAUCACCCAAAUUUUCACAUUUAUAAGGAGGAAUUUUCAUUAUUAAAAUCCUUAAAUUUUGGGAAAGUUACUAUUUUGCAGUUGUGCACUUUACGCGAUGGAAAAAUUGUUGGAUAUAGCUUAUCAAUUUGCUCGAGAUAAAAAGAGAAUAUCCGCAAACAUGGGAUAUUGAGAAAAGAGCGACUGCAGGAUAGGUAAUAGGUUUCAAAAUGACAUACAGCAGUCUAAUUCCGCAGUUAGUUUUGAGUAAUGAAUGCUUCAGAUCUUCAGUAAAUCGAACUUUCUUGUUUUUGUUUUAUUAUGAGGAAGAAAGAGAAAAAAAAAAGGAAGAAGUUUCUAAAUUA